CAUUGGCGAAGUCAUUUCCUUUUUGCAAGAGUAGUUCAAUUUUAGCAUUUUUCUAUAUAUCAAACUAAAUCCCUCACCUUUUAUCCCUGCUUUCAAUUGUGAUCACCAUGGAUUACAAUAACCAAUUGCAACCAGAUCAGCAGCAAUCUCCAAGUUAUCAAUUGAAGUCAGAAGACAUUGAAGUGAUACAACAAAGGCGAUCUGCAAAUUAUAAGCCAAACAUUUGGAAAUAUGAUUUCUUACAAUCCAUUCGUAGCAUAUAUGAUGGGGAGGAAUACGAGAGAAGGGCUGAGAAGUUGAGAGAGAAUGUAAAGGACAUGUUUGUUGAAGCAGUGGAAGAAUUAGCUAAACUGGAGCUCGUUGACAUGAUCAGAAAACUAGGUUUGGGGGACCUCUUUGCAGAGGAAACGCAGAAAGCUUUACAAGAUGUAGCAUCUUCCAAGAACCGGAAGAAUGGUGAAGAAGCAGAAGAAGACCUCUAUAUAACUGCGUUACGCUUCAGACUCCUGAGGCUGCAUGGUUACGAGGUUUCACCAGCUGUGUUCAAUGCCUUCUCGGAUGAGAAGGGUGCAUUCUCAGUAAGUAAAUGCACUGAAAUGAAAGGACUGCUUGAACUUUUUGAGGCCUCGUAUCUAGGUUUCGAAGGAGAAAACAUUUUGGAUGAGGCUAAAGCUUUCUCUACAGAAACUCUCAGGAGUGUUUGUUCUACUCUGGAUACAUACUUGGCUAAGCAAGUGGCCCAUGCUUUGGAGCUUUCGACUCACUGGAGGGUGCAGUGGUUUGAUGUCAAAUGGCACAUCACCAUGUACGAGAACAAUAAAAACAUAGACAAAAUUUUACUUGAACUGGCUAAACUUAAUUUUAAUACAGUCCAAGCUACGCUUCAGAAAGAUCUAAGCGAGAUUUCCAGGUGGUGGAGGAAUCUGGGCCUAAUGGAACAUUUAAACUUCACAAGAGAUCGACUGGCUGAAAGUUUCUUAUGUGCGGUUGGACUUGCUUAUGAGCCUCAGUAUAGUCGUUUCAGAAAAUGUCUCACUAAGAUCACAGCUAUGAUAUUAAUAAUAGAUGAUGUUUAUGAUAUUUAUGGUUCUCUAGAAGAGCUAGAGCACUUCACCGACGCUGAGUGGGAUUCAAGCAAAAUUCAGCAGCUGCCAGAGUGCAUGAAGAUGUGCUUCCAAGCUCUAUAUGAUAUUACCAAUGAAAUUGCUUAUGACAUCCAAGAGCUCAAUGGUUGGAAUGUCCAGGCAUUACUUCAUCUGAGGAAAGCGUGGGCAGGAUUUUGUAAAGCACUAUUUGUGGAAGCAAAGUGGUAUAAUGAAGGAUAUACACCUUCCCUUCAAGAGUAUCUAAGCAAUGCUUUGAUUUCAUCGGGAGGCAUUGUGAUUUCUGUCCACUCUAUGCUUUCUGUGAAGAAUGAUGUAACAGAGGAAAUUGUCGAUUUCUUGGGCAAAAAUCAAGAACUUGUUUGCAAUGUAUCCAUUAUAAUCCGACUCUGCAACGACUUGGGAACUUCAGUGGCAGAGAAAGAGAGAGGUGAUGCUCCAUCAUCAAUCCUGUGCUACAUGCGAGAGGUGAAUGUUUCAGAAGAAAAAGCUCAGGAGCAUAUUAAGGACAUGAUAACCAACACAUGGAAGAAAAUAAAUGGCCAAUGCUUUAGAAUUCAAUCCCCUUUGCUGCAAUCCUUUGUCAAAGUAACCAUUAAUGUUGCACGCAUGGUGCAUUGUCUCUACCAAUUUGGGGCUGGAUUUGGCAUUCAAGACCAAGAGACCCGAAGGCACAUCCUGUCUCUCCUAAUUGAGCCUUUCGAGCUUGAAUAAAUUGAAGUUUUAAUCUA